CACUCUCUCCGGCGCCGCUACUCACACAGGCUUCCAGCCGCCACUGGGCGUCCUCUGUCUGCGGUAGCGCGGCCGAGGCGGCGGUGGGAAAGGUAGCUGCAGCCCGGCGCGGUCUCAGAGCUCCGUGCCCUGGACCGAGUCCGGGGAGAAGCGGAGAAGGAGGACGCCGAGGCGAGGAGGAGCCGCGCCGCGCCCGAGUCCGCGCGGCUGGCUGCCUUCGCUACCGGUACCGCAGCCCCAGGUCCUUUGCAGCCAGCAUGAUGCCAUCUUUAUAACCCGUGGAGGAGAGAGCGCUCACCAUGUUCAGGAUUCCCCGAAAGAGGCUGAACUGAGAGAAAGCCACCUGGGAAGAAAUCUGCCCAUGGGACCAGACUGAGCGACAGCCUGGAUGUCCAAGGGAACAGAGGCUCCAGCUGUGCAACCAGCCCCAGAGAGGCAGUGUGUCUCUGAGUCACCUGAGCUCCGUGCUGCUGCCUUCCUGCUGUCCACCCACCUCUCUUCACCUCUGACGAUCUUCCUAGUGUCUGCAGGCUCUCCUGGGACGACUAUCUCAAAGGGAAGUGCCUCUCAGAAGCAUCUGGCAUGUCAGAGCUACAGUGUCUUCCAUGGGACUUCCUUUGUGAACAGCUUCCAUUUAAAAGAGUUGUGUGAAUACCUUGUUUCAGUCAAGUUCCCAAAGAACACAUUUGUCUUCUGAUCUGCUGGAGGGCUUAAGGAAGCUACUAGAGAAUGAGCUCCACAAAAAUGAGGAUGUAAACCAAGAAAGAGGAAACCAUGGGAUCCAGGAAGCGGGGGACCCAACACAGGCGAGAGGCACAGGGAUUUCGCAAGAUGGUGUUAAAAAGAAGCCCCAGGACAACAGAAUCCGAUGAUCUCCGUGGGGACCCUGCACUCAGCCAUCAAAGCACUCCCGCCCCUCAGGAUGCUCGUAAUUCAAUAGUAGAUGCAGGCGGCGUUGAAAGCAUCACACAGUGUCCCCAGCAGCUUCCUCAGAUGAUGGCUGCAGCAGCCGAUGGUUUGGGGAGUCUCGCAAUCGACACGACCCAGCUGAACAUGUCAGUGACGGACCCCACCGCCUGGGCCACCGCUAUGAAUAACUUGGGCAUGGUUCCCGUGGGGUUGCCUGGACAGCAGCUCGUGUCAGACUCAAUCUGUGUACCAGGCUUUGAUCCAGGCCUCAACAUGAUGACUGGGAUCACCCCUAUUAACCCAAUGAUACCAGGCCUGGGGCUGGUACCACCCCCGCCAACAGAAGUGGCUGUCGUCAAAGAAAUAAUCCACUGCAAAAGCUGUACUCUUUUCCCCCAAAACCCAAAUCUUCCACCUCCCUCCACAAGAGAACGACCUCCUGGGUGUAAGACCGUGUUUGUCGGGGGAUUACCAGAAAACGCCACUGAGGAAAUCAUCCAAGAAGUCUUCGAGCAGUGCGGUGACAUCACAGCGAUUCGGAAAAGCAAGAAGAAUUUUUGUCACAUUCGCUUUGCCGAGGAGUUCAUGGUUGAUAAAGCCAUUUACCUUUCUGGUUACCGGAUGCGCUUAGGGUCUAGCACGGACAAAAAGGACUCAGGCCGGCUGCACGUGGACUUCGCCCAGGCCCGGGACGACUUCUACGAGUGGGAGUGCAAGCAGAGGAUGCGCGCCCGCGAGGAGCGGCACCGGCGCAAGCUGGAGGAGGACCGGCUGCGGCCGCCCUCGCCGCCGCCCAUCAUGCACUACUCAGAGCACGAGGCCGCGCUCUUGGCCGAGAAGCUGAAAGACGAUAGCAAGUUUUCAGAGGCCAUCACAGUGCUGCUGUCCUGGAUUGAGCGAGGGGAAGUAAACCGGCGGUCCGCAAACCAGUUCUAUUCCAUGGUGCAGUCGGCCAACAGCCAUGUCCGCCGGCUGAUGAACGAGAAAGCCACCCAUGAGCAGGAGAUGGAGGAGGCCAAGGAGAAUUUCAAAAAUGCCUUAACCGGGAUCCUCACUCAAUUUGAGCAGAUUGUGGCCGUUUUCAACGCUUCUACCAGACAAAAAGCUUGGGACCAUUUCUCGAAAGCUCAGCGCAAGAACAUAGACAUUUGGCGAAAGCAUUCUGAGGAGCUCCGGAACGCUCAGAGUGAGCAGCUUAUGGGCAUCCGCCGAGAAGAAGAGAUGGAGAUGUCGGAUGAUGAGAACUGUGACAGCCCUACUAAAAAAAUGAGAGUUGAUGAGUCAGCCCUGGCCGCCCAGGCCUACGCGCUUAAAGAAGAGAACGACAGCCUCCGGUGGCAGCUGGACGCCUACAGGAACGAAGUGGAACUGCUGAAGCAGGAGAAAGAGCAGCUGUUUCGAACGGAAGAAAACCUGACCAAGGACCAGCAGGUGCAGUUCCUGCAGCAGACCAUGCAAGGCAUGCAACAGCAAUUGCUGACCAUCCAGGAGGAGUUAAACAACAAAAAGUCAGAACUGGAACAAGCAAAGGAAGAGCAGUCACACACACAGGCAUUACUCAAAGUCCUCCAGGAACAAAAGCAUCAGUGGCGUAGCCCCAGAGAACACAGGGCAGCAUGCCUCUUUCUCAAGCAGGAGCGUGAUGUGGAGUUGAAGGGUACCAAGGAGUUGGUCGAGACCAAUGGCCACAGCCAUGAGGACACAAAUGAAAUUAAUGUGUUGACAGUCGCAUUGGUCAACCAAGACCGAGAGAACAAUAUUGAGAAAAGAAGCCAAGGCUUAAAAUCAGAGAAAGAAGCUCUGCUGAUCGGCAUCAUAUCAACGUUUCUUCACGUCCACCCUUUUGGAGCCAAUAUAGAAUAUCUCUGGUCAUACAUGCAGCAGCUGGACUCCAAGAUAUCUGCAAACGAAAUCGAAAUGCUUUUGAUGAGGUUGCCACGCAUGUUUAAACAGGAAUUCACAGGCGUGGGAGCAACGCUGGAAAAAAGGUGGAAGUUGUGUGCCUUUGAAGGAAUUAAAACUACCUAACUGUGAAGAGCAGCAAAGUCUCUGGGUAUGAAACUGCCUGAACCCAGCCAGGGCUGUGCAGUGUGAGCCCAGGAGGUUUGGGGCUGGUCCAGCGCAGGACCUUUAUGGGGCCAUCAGAGCCUGACUCCAGUUACAUCUGUGGCGUUCUCUCGUGAGUGGAAAUGUAAUUGUGUACCAGUUCCCUAAAACAAACAAAGCUUCAUACUGUGACAGAUCUGUUUGUUUGCUAUGAAAACCAACGAUUCCACGGUCAUGAUGGCAAAACCUUAAAAUAUGCUACGUUUGAGAAUAGCUCACCAAGUAAAAUAUUUAAAGUUAAUGAUGGUGUGGCAAUGGUUGUUGCUAGGCUACAGAGUUGUUGUAUAUGUAAUCUAUAGCUGAAAUCAUUCAAUGACAUUUUCCUGAAAGUCUUUCUGUUUUAGUAAAAAAAAAAAAAAAGAGAGAGAGAGAAAAAAAGUAAUUUUACAGUGAGGAAAAUAAAUCAUACCAAAAGAAAACUUGAAUAUGUGUCUGAACAGUUACUGUAUUUUGUAAAUUAAGUUAUAUGCUGUUAUAGGGACUUCUGCCUUAUUGAAGAGGCAGAAGAUGUGAUUGUACUCCUUGAGAAUGCUUUACCAAGAAUAUUAUUUUUCUAAUGUAACAGUUCUCCAUCAUAAGUUCUUUUAACAUGGACAGCAUAACAAUUUUCAUAAAAUGUAAAUAAAAGAAAAACUAGUGCUACUGUCUUGUACUUGGUAUAAAAUUCAGGUUUCUGCAUCAAAAUAAACAUUUAGUAAAUAUUCCUGUUACAAAUUUUAUA